AUGAACAAGCGUUCAUUCAAGUAUGCCUGGGUUCUUGACAAGCUCAAGGCUGAGCGUGAAAGGGGUAUCACUAUUGACAUUGCUCUCUGGAAGUUUGAGACUACCAAGCUGACUGUGCUGUUCUCAUUAUUGAUUCCACCACUGGUGGUUUUGAAGCUGGGAUUUCCAAGGAUGGACAGACCCGUGAGCAUGCUUUACCUUGCUUUCACUCUUGGUGUCAAGCAAAUGAUCUGUUGCUGUAACAAGAUGGAUGCCACUACACCCAAGUACUCGAAGGCUAGGUAUGAGGAAAUUGUGAAGGAGGUUUCUUCAUAUCUGAAGAAGGUUGGCUAUAAUCCUGACAAAGUUCCAUUUGUUCCCAUCUCUGGUUUUGAGGGAGAUAACAUGAUUGAGGCGCUCUACAAAUCUUGGACUGGUACAAGGGUCCAACCCUUCUUGAGGCCCUUGACAAUAUCAACGAGCCCAAGAGGCCAUCAGACAAGCCCCUCCGUUACCCCUUCAGGAUGUCUACAAGAUUGGAGGAAUUGGGAACUGUGCCUGUGGGGCGUGUUGAGACCGGUGUCAUCAAACCUGGAAUGGUGGUCACUUUUGCUCCAACUGGGACUAUCAACUGAAGUUAAGUCUGUUGAGAUGCACCAUGAAGCUCUCACGGAGGCCCUUCCUGGUGAUAAUGUUGGGUUCAAUGUUAAGAAUGUUGCUGUUAAGGAUCUCAAGCGUGGUUUUGUUGCCUCUAACUCCAAGGAUGACCCAGCCAAGGAGGCUGCUAACUUUACCUCUCAAUUUGCUGAGCUUGUUACCAAGAUUGACAGGCGUUCUGGUAAAGAGAUUGAGAAGGAGCCCAAAUUUCUAAAGAAUGGAGAUGCUGACAUGCGUCAAACCGUGGCCGUUGGAGUCAUCAAGGCUGUGGAGAAGAAGGAACCCAGUGGAGGACCUAAGGGUCACCAGUCAGCCUUGAAGAAGAAGUGA